AUGACCAUCAACGAAAACAGCUCUCUCCUUUCAGAAAAAAGAAGAAUCAUUCAGAGUGAUCCCAAGAUAGACGAUGGUACUCAAACAGUCAUCUCGACCAAUGACGUCAUUAUACGUCAUAUGAAUAUUAUCUUAUUAUCAUCAGCAGUGAUAAUUGGUGGUGUCAGUAAAGCACAAUAUAUCUACAAAUGGGUUUCCGUCAAUACGGUACUUCCUGACGUUAUCCAAGGAGUCAAUGUGUCUUCGCCUGGAAACAUUUUGCAGCAAUGUGCUACCAAUUCUUCGUCUGAUGCAGAGAACGAAUACCAAAGACUAUCAGCUCGCAUGGCACUUUAUUUCACAUUGAUGGAAAAAAUAAUCGCCCUUCCAGUUCUAGUACUUUUCGGAAUUUAUUCAGAUUUUAUCGGUCGUAAACCUUUAAUGGCCCUUGGAGCUCUCGCGGAAUGUGCCAAAUACGGAAUGAUGUCAUUUUUCAUUUACAAAGACUUUCAUAUCAACUAUCUAUUUGUCUGUUAUGCUGUUAGUGGUUUAGGAGGAACUUACUAUUCAUUCCAUCUUGCCAACUUUGCUUCCGUUGCAGAUACAACAGCGCGAGGUAAACAAAGAUCUUUCAAUAUUGCAUUAAUUGAUGCUGUCAUCGGUAUAAGUGGUCUGGCGGCACAGAUCGCAGCUGGUUACCUGAUAAAAAUAACAGGGUUUGUUUAUAUCAACGUGAUGGUAGCUGGGCUACUUGCAAUGCUUUUACUAUCCGUAAUAUGCUUAUUCAAAGAAACACGCGUGAAAGGCAGUCAAGCUAACUCACCAAGAUCCAAAAUAACUUGGAACAUUUGUGAUGCAAUCAAACGAAUUACAGGUUUUUACACUCAUAAGGAACAAAGACGAAACACGCCACUUUCUAUCUUCUUGACAUUUGCUUUUGCUUUUAUUUUCGCAUAUUGUGUUGCUACUGCUAGGGGAGAUAUAGAGGUUUUAUAUAAUUUAAAUUUUCCAUUCUGUUGGUCCUCUGUGAAGAUUGGUUAUUACCGGGCCGUGAAAGACUUUGUCCAAAUGGUCAUUGGAAUUACGUUGAUAAAAGUUUUGCAUUCAUGCACUAGUGAUGAAAUCAUCAGCAUCCUGGGAUGCAUCUCUGGAAUCGCCUCCAUGGGGGUAAUGGCGUUUGCUUCAAAGGAGUGGAUGUUGUAUCUUGCUGUAGGACUUGGUAUAAUGUGUUUACUUCCGUUACCACUGAUAAGAGGGAUUUUUUCGAAAACAGUUUUGCCUGAUAAGCAAGGUGCGUUGUUUGCAAAUAUCUACAUUUUAGAAAUAUUGUGUGGUUUAGGAGGGAGUACUAUUUUCAACAAUAUUUAUGCCGAAACGCAAAACACUAUGAAGGGAAUGGCAUUCCUUGUCAUGGCGGGAUUUUACUUCUUAUCAGGAGUUUUGUUAAUUAUCUGCUUAUGUAUGACGACGGCGCAGGAGACAUCUACUCUAUGCAUACAAGGGAAUAUUGAACCUUCAGUAAACCCCAGAAGUAACACGCCACGCCAAGAUAACAUGGAUUUAAAGCGCAGCAAAGCAUCUGAUAUUACCAGCAAUAUACUGGCUGAUACAGAGGAACUUGACUCUAGCAUGUAG